CGAUAAGCUUAUCGUGCCGAGACCCAUUAAUUUAUUCACUACCAGCCUUCAACGUCACGAGCAUGCGUCGCAUCCUCAACCUCAUCCUCAGCGUUCUAUCACAAUGCCACCUAAACGAAUGACAGCAAACCCGGUGAAACCCGCGCGUUAUCGCGCUGGUAAGCCCACAGGAGCAGAGUCUGACUCAGAUUCCGACGCGAGCGAAAACGAAGAGUCUAAUGAGCCAGCGCUUCCACCUCCACCAAAAGCGACCAGCGCGGGCAAAAUUUCAUCAGGCAGCCUAGGAAAAGUCGACCUCAACGCUCGAAGGAAAGAAGCGGAAGCUGCCGAAGAACGGAGACUUGCCAAGGAAAAAGCUGAGCGCCUCGCUGCAGAAGAAGGUUUCGUGACAGAGGAGGAGGAAGAAAGUGAAGAGGAAGAAGACGACGAUGAGGAGGAGGAAAGUGAAUCCGAAGAAGAGAGCAGCGAGGAUGAAGCGCCACGAAGAUUAAUGAUUCGGCCCAAAUUCGUACCAAAGAGCCAAAGAGGAAAUGCUAAGACUCCUGCGCAAGAAGAGGAAGAAGCACGGCAGGCCGAAGAAGAGGCCCGCAAGAAAGCCGCCGACGAGCUUGUGGAAGAGCAAAUCAAAAAAGAUCUUGCCGCUCGCGCAGCAGGCAAAAAGCACUGGGAUGACGACGAGAACGAGGACUCAGAUGUGGAUACAACAGACGGGCUAGAUCCAGAGGCUGAAGAAGCAGCUUGGCGCGUUCGCGAACUCAAACGUCUGAAGCGCGCCCGCGCUAUUAUCGAAGAGCGUGAAAAGGAGCUUGCGGAAGUUGAGCGUCGACGUAACCUGACCGAGGAGGAAAGACAAGCCGAAGACGAGGCGUUCCUGGCACAACAGAAAGAGGAAAAGGAGGGCAAGGGCAAAAUGUCAUUCAUGCAGCGUUAUCUACACAAGGGAGCAUUCUACCAGGACGAGAUGAAAGCUGCUGGUCUGGAUAAGCGAGAUAUCAUGGGCAGUCGUAUCCAGGACGACGUGCGGAACCGUGAGGCCCUUCCCGAAUACCUGCAGCGUCGCGACAUGGCCAAGCUGGGCCGUAAAGGUGCAACAAAGUACAGGGACAUGCGUACUGAGGACACAGGCCGAUGGGGAGAUAUCGGCGAUGGCCGAAAGAGAGACGGCGGACGAUUCGAGGAAGAUGAGCGUUUCAGACCCGACGAUGACAGGUUUCGUCGCGACGAACGAAGCGCAGGCGGCGCCAAUGCCAUUCCUCUGGGUGAUCGCAAGAGAGACGACCGAAAUGAGGGAGACAAUGGUCACCGAGAUCGAAGAGAUAGGGAUAGGGACUCUUAUCGAUCAAGAGAUGAUGGACAAAGUCGACGAAGAUCACGGUCACGGUCACGUUCGCCACGACGCGAAAAUGAUAGAGAUGAUUACCGGCGUCGUAAACGCAGUACGUCACGCGACGACGAGCGGUAUGAGAGCGACAAAAGACGCAGGGUGGAUGCCAGAUAAACUCGCCCUGCUCUUGUUAUACUAUUAAUAAUACCCAAACAACCAUGCACGAUCGUAUAUUUGAUGGCCCAUCACAUCUUCGCCGCUUCCAUUUGAUACUGGGGGAGGAUAUAAUGUCAUUCGUGCAUAGGUACCUGCGCCGCGACGCUUAGAAAGGUAGCCAGGAUUGAUAAGGAGGACACUCUCGACGACCUAAUGUCCAGUUAGUAAGAAUGAAGACAAAAAACGAGCCAAGAGACGUACUUUUGCAAAUGGAGGUAGCAAACUAGGUACAAUCAUGACAUCUGGCCUGACAUUCACCAUCUCUCCCAGUUCAAGAUAGCUCAAAUCUAGAGCAGCGCCAGUAGCCAAACCAUCUUCCGUGCCAGUCUUAGGUAGCUUAGAGCGAUCUGUAGGAGGAAACAGCGGGAAGUAAUGUCGCUGCUCAACUAGGUACCGACACAACCGACUCAUGAGAUCAGUGCCAGGUUGUCCACCACCACGAGACACAACCUCUUCCGAGCGGAGCUGGGAGAGGAUAUCCUGCGAUGAGACACCAAGGACAAGUUCGUUGAUCGAAAGAGUCAUAGGGUUUGUGACAAUGCGGACCAUUUUGGGAAGGCCGAGUUCCUUACGAGGAAUCGAGUCUUGAGGCCAUGAGACAUGUUUUGACAAUACGUCCCGGACGGACGGGACAAGGAUGAUGGUGAUCUGCGGGUUGGAGGCUGCAAGGCGGUUGAAAGCGGGAGCAACAAGGUAUUUGAAUACUGUCGCCAUAGUAGCUGUAUCAGGGUCAAAGUUUGCCUCUUCAGGAAGAUCGAAAUCUCCCGUGGCAAUAAGAGGAUGAUCGAUAUCGAGGAACGGUCCUGUGAGGACAAGCGCAUCUGCAUAGGUAUCACCUGCUUGACUGCACAGCGCAUGAA